AUGUCAUCCAUGUCCACUGCCCCAUCGCGCCCCAGCGGCCUGUCUGGCUCUCUUGCCAGCAGUCUUCUGGAAUCGCUCCAGUCAUCGCCGCCCACUCAUUGGCUGCCACGCCCGCUGGCCAGGUUCGCCCGCUGGCUGUCCUCGAGUGCGAGCCUCUCUGCCACUCAUGCUGCACCCAGCUCCCGCUCCAACAAAGGGGCGCCCGCUGCUGGCCGCUGGCGAUCAAAGCCUAAUUGUCAUUAUUCCCGACACCACACGCCCUCUUACCCUCCGCUCUCACACACUGGCACUCGCUCCUGCUCGCUGGUGGCGCAACUCUCCACUGCUAGCCAUUCGCCGCCGCACGCUGCAACACAAGGUCGACACACUCACACUUUGACCCUCUGCCAUGCCGCCCUCCUCCACACGUUUGCUGAAACCGUCUGCGUCCUUGAAAUUGUCCCGUCCAUCCCUGGUCUGCAGCGUCCAUCAUUGGCCGCUGCACUAACCACCCGAGAGCCGCACUCGGUUCACCCAGUCACCGGAACCACUGUUCAUGCCUCACCAAGUCUGCUCAUUUCGUGCCAUCUCCUGAACCCUUCCGCUCCAAUUCCCGCCUUCCCCGUCACCCAGUGCACAGCGCUGGUCCAAGCAGCCAAUCACCGCUCCCCCACUCGGCCCUACUGGCGUCCUGUCGACCCCGGCAGUGAAUGUCCUUUGUUGCAACAAACGCGCUUCCUUGUAGCAGAAACCUUUGUUGCCGUCUCUUUAGUCCCUCUUCAGUCAUGGCCUCACCACUUUCACUCUACACUACUACUCAAACUGACCGCGGAGCUCAACAAAUACCAAAUCCUUCUCUGCUAA